AUGGCUUCCAAUGGUGACGUGCAGGCCAAACAAGAUGUAACAGAUGCAACAAAAUCCGGAGACGCCUCCCUCCCUCUGACCAACGGCACCAACGGCCACGAUCAUGACCAUGCUCACCACGAUGAUCCCAAUGCCGGUGCAUUGUUCCAGGUCACCGUCAAGCUACCACACAGACCAUACCAGCAAGAUAUCAUGGUAACGCAUCAAGAGCAAGUUCAAGAUGUCCGUCAAUCGAUCGUCGAAACUCCAGAUACAUUCCAGUAUACCUGCUUCCACCUCGAGCACAAGGGUCAGCGGAUCAAUGACUUUGUGGAGCUCUCCGAGAUCAAGGACCUCAAACCCAACGACGAGUUGACACUGGUGGAGGAUCCUUAUACCGAGAAAGAGGCAAGAUUGCAUGUCAUCCGAAUAAGAGAGCUCAUCGGGGCCACCGGAGAUCGAUCCGACCAGCUUCAUGGUAUCUGUGCAGGGCUCUCUUUGCACGACGACAAGUUUGGCUCGGCCCAGGCACCUGUGGCGAACCCAGAGGAUAAUCCAUUAGCUGGUUACGAGGUGGACGGACGGCCGUCCUUGGAUGCCGUUCUCCCCACAAAGGAAGACGGCCUGCCCAAGACUAUCAAGUCUCUUUCUGUGUCACAGUGGAAUCCACCCCCAUACCAUCUGCGGCAAAGAGGGCAUUUGCUGUAUUUGCAGCUUACGACCAACGAAGGCGAGCAAUACCAAAUAACCGCGAGCGCAUCCGGCUUCUUCGUGAAUAAAUCGUCAAGCAACAAGUUCGAUCCAUUCCCUAAGUCUGCACCGAAAAACCACAGUGCACAUUCACUGCUCACCUUAAUCUCUAUCCUGUCACCGUCCUUCAAUGACACAUUUGUCGAGCUGCAAAAGAUCAAUGGCAGGAAGGAUCUGCUGACCACAUUUCCGUUCCAAAAUGCCAUUCCAGCCAACCCGUGGCUUGUACCGGCAUCAUACGCUCAGAGCACACAUCAUCAAGCAGAUCCUACCCGGUCGCAGGAAGCAUACCUUAUUGGCGGAGCUGAUGGAGCCGAGAAUCUCCGCGACUGGAAUGAAGAAUUUCAGACGACACGGGAAUUGCCACGUGAGAACCUGCAAGACCGUGUAUUCCGUGAACGUCUGACCUCGAAAUUGUUCGCCGACUACAACGACGCCGCUGCCCGGGGUGCUGUUUUGGUCGCCCGAGGCGAGGUUGCACCGUUAAAUCCCACUGAAGGACGAGAUGCUCAAAUCUUCAUCUACAACAACAUCUUCUACUCUUUCGGCGCCGACGGAGUCCAAACUUUCGCCAGCGAGGGCGGAGAUGAGGCCGCUAGGGUGGCUGUAGGUAAGGACGUAGCCGGCGUCAAAGCUGUCAACCAGCUAGACAUCAACGGGCUAUUCACUCCUGGUACUGUGGUGGUUGAUUACCUCGGCAAACGUAUAGUCGGACAAAGCAUCGUUCCAGGAAUCUUCAAACAGCGGGAGCCGGGAGAGCAUCAGAUUGACUACGGUGGCGUUGAGGGUCGGGACAUUGUCACUGAAAAUGAGGCUUUCGUGCCAGUAUUCGAAAAACUAUCCAAAUCACUUCACGUCAAGAAGCAUGCCGUCUGGGAUAAGGAGGGUAAGCGUCACGAUCUCGAAGGCAGCGUGGAGACAAAAGGUCUUGUGGGUACCGAUGGUCGUAAAUACGUCCUCGAUCUCUACCGUAUCACCCCGUUGGAUGUCGCUUGGUCAGAGGAAGUGGGGACCGAGGGCGACAACAAAUACCCACAUCGCAUGUCUGUUCUCAGGCUGGAGCUUGUGGAGGCAUAUUGGCGGAUGAAGAUGCAGGAGUAUGUCCGUGCAGAGGUUGAAAAGAGACGCAACAACCAAGCCAACGGCCACAGCGACGAGCAGAAGAAGCUAGAGUCCGCACAAUCUAACGGACAUGCUGUGGAGGGUGAGGCUAAAGAGGAGGGAAACACCGCAGCAGAAGGCGACAGCAAAAAGGAAACCCCCGCUUUGGAGCAGGAAAGGGUCGACAUUUCAAACUUCAACUUCGGCCUCAAUCCAGACGUCUGCAGCGGACAGGAACCACAAGCUGAUGAGGAGAAACAGGAAUACGCUGACGAUGAGAAAGAUGUCCGCGCAGUCUGUGCUUUCCUCCGCAGUAAGAUUAUUCCCGAUCUCAUCACUGAUUUGCAUGACGGUGAUGUUGGUUUCCCGAUGGACGGACGGUCUCUGUGCCAGUUACUGCACAAGCGUGGCAUUAACAUAAGAUAUUUGGGCAGACUGGCCACUGCUGCAACGGAGAAGGGUGCCCGUCUUCAAGCGUUUUCUCGGGUGGUACUACAGGAAAUGGUUGCCAGAGCUGCUAAGCAUGUUAUCAAUGGAUAUUUGCGACAUCUGCCCGUGGUGUUCGCCGCUCCGUGUAUUUCACAUCUUCUGAACUGCCUGCUUGGCGCAGAGAUGAACUCCAAUCCUCGACCUGAGAUCGAGGAGGAUCUACGAGCAUUGUACCCGGAAGGUGAUUUCUCUUUCGAGAAGAUGAACCCUUCCAAGCUGCAAGCCGAAAUCGAGAAGCAAGUGAAGAUGAGGUAUAGAUAUGAUCUUGAAGCAGGGUGGCAAUCAUCGAUUCAACCGCUACCCCUACUAAGGGAAGUGAGCUUGAAGCUUGGCUUGCAACUUGUUGCACGAGAAUAUUCAUUCAGCAAAAGCGUGCACUUGUCACUUGAGGCAUCACCUGCUCGAAGCAGCAGUGACACUCGCUCCAAUGACGGCGCGACACAAGAGACGGCAAGCAAGAAAAAGAAGAAGAACAAGGGCGGCGAACCCGCGCAGCCUAACGGUGCUGUCUCGAAACCAAACACUACAUUUGUUCCAGACGACAUUUUGAAUAUCGCGCCUGUCGUCAAAGAUUCCACCCCAAGAAGUUCCCUUGCCGAGGAAGCAUUGGAAGCGGGUAAGAUCUCUUUGGCGCAGGGACAAAAGCAGCUGGGCCAGGAGCUGGUCCUCGAGUCCCUGUCCUUGCACGAGCAGAUCUACGGCAUCUUGCACCCCGAAGUUGCCAAGAUGUAUCACUCUUUGUCGACGAUUUAUUACCAGACAGACGAGAAAGAGGCCGCAGUCGAGCUCGCCCGCAAGGCUGUCAUCGUCACUGAAAGGACAUUGGGCGUAGAUUCACACGAUGCGAUUUUGGCGUACUUGAAUCUCUCCCUUUUUGAGCAUCAUGUCGGUAAUACCAAGCAGGCCCUGAGAUAUGUCAGGCAUGCGCUGGACGUGUGGAAGAUUAUUUUCGGGCCAAACCAUCCCGAUUCGAUCACUACGAUGAACAAUGCGGCUGUCAUGCUUCAAGCCUUGAAAGAAUAUUCUGAAUCUCGCAAGUGGUUUGAAGCUUGUUUUACAGUCUGCGAGGGACUGUUUGGACGACAGUCCAUCAAUGCAGCCACAAUCUUGUACCAACUGGCACAGGCAUUGGCGCUAGACGGAGACGCCAAAGCUGCCGUGAACAAGAUGCGUGAAUCAUACAACAUCUUUUUGGCAGAGCUCGGACCCAGCGAUCGUAACACCAAGGAGGCAGAAAGCUGGCUCGAGCAGUUGACUCAAAAUGCGGUGUCCCUUGCUAAACAGGCCAGAGCUUUACAGAGCCGGAAACUGGCCGGCAUUCGCCACCUCCCUCGGAUGGGUUUGGGAACUCGACUUCAACCCCAAAAUGCCAAUAGCGCUGCACCAAACACAAGCACACAUACCGCAGCUGCCGAAUCCAAUGUCCGCACAGGUACCGGCAACGUUGCGCUCGACUCUAGGAGCAUUGAUGAGCUGUUGAGAUAUAUCGAAGGUAGCGACACUUCAAACAGCCCUCGGUCGAAGCAGAAGAAGUCGAUGAAUCCCAAAGCAAGAACAGCCAGAAAAUCAACGGCAGCAUAG